AAUAUUACCAUCAGUGUGAAUUGGUCUUCCGCGAGACCCGUUCACACUGCGGUAUUUCAGCGGUGGACAAUUCCGCCGCUGAAAUUGUUCCGCGCAAAGAAAGAACAUGUUCAUUCUUUGGGCGGAAGUCCGCAGUGCCGCGCGGUCCUACCGCCGCCGCCGGCUGCCAGUCUUAAACUCCCCGCUCGGAGAUUCCCUUCACACACUGUAGUGUGAACAUACCCCAAUUGUCUGAAUGUAGUAGUCGACUAGUGAUGUAUUUGGCCCACGUGUAUUUAGCGGGACUGAAAAGCGCGGACAGCCAUGAAUUCAGAAAUUGGGCCGGACCUUUCACUAGUCGACUACAUUCAGCUCAUUUGUCAGGGUCCGGCGAUGGCUGUCGCCCAGGACCCUCUGACUGCACAUCAACUUUGGUAUUCAGCCAUCCCCUUCCCCCGAGUCCCCUUAUCAUUCUGCUAGUUUUUGUAUCUUCCUUUCCCCCCUCCCCACCUAACUUUUUGAGGGUGGGUUCCCUGAGUACAGGUAGCCUAUCAGGAGGGUGUAUUUCCCGGUCUUUUGUCUCCCCUCCCCCUACCUUAUAACAAGCUCUGGAAAAGUUACCACCAUUACACCCCCACACAGGGUCCCGGAGGUUGGCCCUCCCUCCCUUCCCCCUUUUUCUUGAAUUUUGGUUUGUUGUUAAGCUGUUUUUGGUGUCGUUUUACUGCUUCAUUUUCAUUGUGUGCCUGAUAUAAGUCCCAGCGAGCGGUAUUUAAAAGGCUAUUUGCACGAUAGAUGGGUUUUUCGUGCGUUCGUGCUCACCGGAGUCGGGGGGAACAUACCGCAAUUACCCUAUGUUUACAGUUUGAGUGCCUUAUUCGAGUUAUAUAUAAAUAUACAUAUAUAAAUGCUGUGGCCUACCCCCACCCAUUUAUAAGUUAAAAUGUUGCCCUGUCAUUAUUUCAUUAUUUCCCGAGGGGUCAGGGGAUAGGUACUCAGGUUAUCAUAGUCUGAGCAGUCAAACCCAAUGGGCCGGGUGUCCAUACGAGCGAGCGGCAGAAUUAGUAGCAAUAAAGUGGAAAAUAUGCAGUAGAAUUGAAGGUUACACCUUGGAUUUCUACCAUGUACAGUAUUUCGUAGCCGGAUGUAACAUGAUGGAAGGAGUGACACCUGGCUGUAUACCCGCCCAACCUGACACAUUCCCUACAUAAGAGUCCUAGUACAGUCACACUGGAGUCAUAGUGCAGACGUGCUGGAGGAGUGCAGGCAGCAGAAACUUAUCAUGUCGAGGGUGGUCAAGUCCCGUGCGGUUAUCAUCGCCAUUACAGAGUUUCACAAACGACAAGGGGGAAAUGGUGAAUCACUAGAAGCCCGGAAAGGGGUCAAGUAUGACACAAAGCGCCUUCAUAAAGUACUAUCCAAGCUUGGAUUUGAAGUGUCCCUCCACACAGAUGUCAGCAGCAGUGAUAUCAGAAAAAUCUAUCAAGAAGAGAGUAGGAAGCCACAAGGUGAUUGUUUUAUCAGCAUCAUCUCCAGCCAUGGUGAAGAAGGAAUCAUAUAUGACUUCUAUGGUGAACCUGUUCUGCUGAGAGAUCUCUACAACUUGUUCUCUCCACACAACAGCCCAGCACUGUCAGGAAUACCCAAGCUAUUCUUUAUACAGGCAUGCCGAGGGAACAAACUAGAUGAAGGCACUAGUCUUGAGACUGACGGUGCUCCAGUGGACAUAAGUGCCUUCUCUCACAUUGGCUUCCUCCCGAAAGAUACCGUGGUCAUGUUUGCAAGCAGUGAAGGUUACGCAGCCUUCAAUAAUCCCUCUGGUUCUUUCUUCCUAAAGACAUUAUGUGACCUGCUAAGUGGGAGUGAAAAGGAUCUUGAACUGACUCAACUACUUACCCGUCUUGCUUAUUGGGUGGCAUACAAUUUUGAAAGCAAGGGAAAGCAUGGGGGUUGCAAAGAGAUGCCAUGCUACAUUACAAACCUGACCAGAGAGCUGUACCCAUUCCGGACAUAGAGGGGAAACUUAUCUUGUGUCUGGACUUUACAGUUUGCACUAUCCUUACAAAGGCAUUAGAUAGGGGGUUGUUUGUGGCAUAAGACCUUGGUGCUGGGAUUGGCAUCAACAUGGCACAAUACCAUGGCGAGUGUAUAAAGCUACAGGGCUGAGAUGGCUGAAUAUUUGCCCCAUUUAAAGAAAAGCGCACACUUCUGUUGAAUAUCUUGAGAACUUACUUGAAGAACUGCAAUAUAACUUGUACUAAAGUGUAUAAUGGAUAAAGAACAUUGUAUGAAUGUUGAUACUAUGAAAUCAUCAAAUCAACAUCUGUCACCCAAACCCACCCACACCCAAAUGUGCAAUAUUUUUGGUUUGUCUAUGAAAUUAUUUGUUAUUGGUAUUUUUAUUUAUUUAUUAUAUGAAUAUUUUUGCAUAAAUGUAUUUUCUUAGGAUUUUUUUUGUAUAGGAUGUUUUUAUGCGAAUACUGUUAAGUCAUUGUUGGCAUAUUGAUCAAUUAUACCCAUUCCAUUAGGGCAGACAAUGAGACUCCUAAGGGGCUCUUAGGCUAAGUUUCCACUGUGUGGUGUUUUUAUUUUUUAUUUUAUUUUUAUUUUGCAAAAAUGCC